GCCGCAAUAUGGGAUGUAUCCAAUGGGCGGUAGCAUCUUGGUGUUAGGCCUGCCUGUUAUUGAAUUUGUGUAACAGGCGGGGUGAGGCUCCAGGUUGCAACACGAGCUCUCGGCCGUGGUGGCGUAACGCAGGUCGACUCUUGCAUGCUCGCCCCAUUGUUUGUGAUGUCAACAACCAGGGGAAGCGCAGCGGUUGUGCAGGUAGCCAAGAGUGACGCGCCUCGGGCAAUGUUGGAAAUCGGAUCACAUACCAGAGGCGAUGCGCCAGAUCCGCGGCACGCUGCAGUUGAACUGGAUCCACCACGUAUUCCACAAGCUGAGACCAAGGGUUCGUCCCAAGAACGGCAGGGUUCUGAAGGAAUGCUCAGGGCGAAAUCCAAAGUAACGGGUCCAAGCUGUUGAUGGGUCCCCGUCAGCUGUAACACCGUGCUGGUGCAGAGUUCCGCGAAUAGUGCCCUAUGAGAUCCGGACGCCG